CCCUCUCCUCAUACGCUCUCGCAAGCUUCUUUUAGAACAUUUCACGCUUACUAGACUUCUAAAUCAUUUGAAACGUUUCUCAUCUCAAGCACCAUGACUAGACCACAACAGCGAUAUCGUGGCGUCCGUCAAAGGCACUGGGGUUCUUGGGUUUCAGAAAUUCGCCACCCUCUCCUGAAGACUAGAAUAUGGUUAGGCACAUUCGAAACGGCCGAGGACGCGGCACGGGCAUACGACGAGGCAGCAAGGCUAAUGUGCGGGCCAAAAGCACGUACAAAUUUCCCUCACAACCCCAACGAACCCCAAUCAUCAUCAUCAAAGCUUCUCUCAGCUACCUUGGCAGCCAAGCUACAUAAAUGUCACAUGACUUCUCUACAAGCAACCAAGAAAAAUGUAACAAAACAAUCACAUGAUGCACAAUGCACCAGUUUUGGCACUAGCCAUGGCAUUGUCGGGAAAACUGUCGAAAACGGCUCGAAAUGGCAAGAGGAGAAUUGGGUUGUGGGGGGGAGUCAAGCGGGGAACGAUGACCAUCAAGAACAUUUUAAGUCACUUGAAGAUCACCAUAUAGAGCAAAUGAUAGAGGAGUUGCUAGAUAGAGGAUCCAUGGAGUUCUGUUAUGUAGAUUCAACAUGAGAGUCCUGCUGAAAUUAAAGGAACAUCAAAAUGCAGCAGCAGCAGUUUCUAUUUGCUAAUUCUACUUAAUUAAUCACCUUCUUGAUUAUUUUUCACAAUCUAAUCAUAUACAUAAUCUAAAGUAGUGUGAGUGGAAAUGAAUAUCAUCCAUCCACGUUGUCUAUGAUCCAAGGCAUAAGCUCAUUAUGCCAUAUGUGCACAGCACAGCAAAAGAGGAAAGAAAGAUACUGCACACAUGAUGACAUGAAUACUUGGCAUCAUAUGAAAGAUAUCGAUUCCUUCUCUCUUCCC